ACACCAAAGGCGACGCACCGCGAUGUCGUUCCUGCAAUUUUUGCCGAACUCCGGUGGUCGAUGCCCAACGCGACCGCUAUAUAUCGCCCACCCCAUCCCGCCCAACUCCACACCCGCAAGCCCCAACUCCCGAGCCAAGAGCGGCGCUAGCCACAGCAAAGCAAACCGCUCACUCGUGGCUCGUCCAUUCCAUCGUCGCUUCUUCGACCCAAUUCGCGUAGUCAAGCAUGUGCAAGGUCGUGAUCACCAUCCCGUCGCUCAUCUGGUUGCGUCGCACCGUGAGGCGGUGGCGCUCCCGCGCCGCGGAGGCCUCGCGCUCCAGCAACAACGAGGCCCCGGUGCCGGCGGGGCACGUGGCGGUGAGCGUCGAGGCGGGCAGCGGCUCGAGGCGGUUCGUGGUGCGGCUGGCGCACCUGAACCACCCGGCGUUCCGGGAGCUACUGCGGCAGGCGGAGGAGGAGUACGGCUUCCCAGCCACCCCAGGCCCCGUCGCGCUCCCCUGCGACGAGGACCACCUCCUCGACGUCCUCCGCCGCGUGUCUUCGUCCUCCUCGGCCUCCUCCUGCUUCUGCGGGCCGGCCGUCACGCGGCGCUGGCUCGGCGACUCGUGGCCGCUGCUGCAGAGGAUGCCCGUGGAGAUCUCGUCUGGUGAUCCAUCAAUAGCCAGCCGCCAACCGAAUCAAAGCCUAGUCAGCCCUGUCCAUUGGCGAGCUUUGGUGAACCGGUGGUUCAUUCGAAUUCUGCAACAUGUGUGCAUGCAUGCAAGUCGAUCGCGGCAGCGCUGGUCCUCCGGAGGCGGGGGGGGAAAAAAAAAAAAGAGGCGAAAGCGGCCCGCGGCCGAGAUGGCGGCCGAGAAGACCGUGCGUGCACGUGCUCCCACGGCAAGCGCCGUUGAACCGGAGUAAAGGUCGUGCUCCCGUGCUCUACGUAAUGGCGGCGCCACAACGGCGACGGCCCUAUGGGCAGCUGGGCAGGGACGUACGUUGUAGCGCCACGACGGCGGCGGCAGCAGCAGCUGUGCUGAUUGUUUAACAGCUAGGAUGGUAGUAGAAAUUGAUCGAUGAGAUUUUUUGGUAUUGUUCUGUCUGUAACACUACUCGAUCCAUUAAUUGUGCAACUCUUUGCCAGG